AUGGACGAUUUUAAUGAUUUAUUCCCUGUCAAUGAUUUAUAAAGUAGUUGGAAAAAGAAGAAUCAAAAAGGAGUAUCUAUCAAAUAAGGCAAAUUUACAGAAGAAGAAAUUGAAAAAGUAAAAGAAAGUUUGAUUUCUUAUGCAUUAUCAUAAAAUUUAACUGAAGAAUAAUUUGCUGAUCUAUUUAGCAAUUCUCAAAAAACAACUAUGCCAAAAGCAUGGUUAUAGAUUGCUAAAGUACUUCCAGAGAGAUCCGUUGAUAGUGUCUAUAAAUUCAUUAAAGCUAGAUUCAAUCCAGAUAAUUACUAAGGACAUUGGACUAAAGAGGAAGAAUAGCAUUUACUUUAAUUGAUUAAUUAAUUUGGUCGGAACUAUACUUAAAUAAGCAAAAUUAUAAAUAGAACACCAUAAAAUAUUAGGGAUAAAUAUAGAUAAUUAGGAGAUCAUAAUCAUGAACUUAGAGAACUAGUUUGGACUUUAGGAGAGGCAGUUCAUUUAUUAAGAUUAAUUUCAAAGAAAGUAUUAAAUUAAUCUUAAUAAAUUAUAGAACAAUGCAAAUUUUAUUAAAGAUGAUUGGUUAGACACCUUAAUAUAAAAUUUUGGAGAAGAUUGGUAAGAUGUAAUAUUAACAAUUCAUUCAUGUAUAUAUAUUAUUAUUAAAUUAGAAAAAAGAAGAUUUCGUAAAGGUACUUAUUAUGAAAUAUAAUAAGAGGAUACUUAAACUUAAUAAUUACUUUAAAUAAUUGAUUUGAAAAAACUUUAUUCAACAUCUCAUAAAGAUAUCCCUUGGACAAAAAUUGCUACUAAAAUUAAAACAAAAAGUCAUGAUGAUCUUAGAAAUUUUUGGAUGUAAUCUUUAAAUUAAUGGUAAUUAUAAGUAAAAUUCAAAAUUGAUGAUUAAUAAUUAUUUAAUGAUAUUAUACUUUAAGAUCCUUAAGAGGAAUAAGAUAUUGAUUUUAAUUUAGUUUUAAAGCAUUUUAAUCUAACAAAGAAUGAAAAAAAAAAUGCUUGGGAAACUUUAAAAAAAAGAGUUUAAGUAAGAGAUUAACUUGAAUUUGAAGAACUUUUAACAAAAAUUAGAUAAUUAUUAAGUAAAUCAAAAAAAGAAUAAAAAUAAAAUAAAAUUGAAUAGAAAAAUCUAAAUGCAACUUCAUUUAAUAAAUUAGUAGAUGAAUUUAAGGCCUUAAAAGAGGUUUAUUGA